CACUGAUCUCGCUGCCAAGAGUAGCGGCGUAGGAUUGCACCGACCACACCAUCACCCUAGCUGCGCGCGAUGAGUAGAUGCAGCGGCCCCGUAUAAAGUGGGGCCGGGGCCGGCGAGGCCCCACACCCCUCAACAAACAUGUCCGUCCAAGCCUUGGAGGAAAAGCCAGCGAUCGAUCAUGUUGAGACGCGCGACGAGAAGGAUCCCGAAGCCGACGGCGCGGGGCUCAUGAAGUCGCCCAUCGACCACCUCAGUAUUUGGCAGACGCUUUGGAUCUUCAAGCGCGUUCUCCUCUUCGUCAUCCUAGUGUAUACUGGCUAUGUGUGCGAGGGAUUCGAGCUCAAUGCGGGCGGGACGAUUGUUGCAAACAGGGGUUUCAUUAGACAGUUUGGCCAGCGCGAACAGGAGGGCGUGCGCGCACUGGACCCGACUUGGCUCUCGACGUGGAGUGCCAUGCUCAAUGUCGGUCAAAUUGUUACGUUUACCCAUAUUUCAUGGGUCGCAGAUCGUUUCGGGCGCAAGGUCGCGUUCUACCUCGCAUGGUUGUGGCUCAUGACUGGCUGCAUGCUCAUGAACUUCGCUACGACCCCUGCAGUCUGGGCCAUCGCCAAGCUAUGCAACGGCGCGGGCAUCGGUGUACUCCAGGUUGUGUGCCAGGUCUACGUGAUGGAGAUCUGCCCCGACAAAGUGCGCGGCGGCAUGGUCAUCUUCCAGGCAGUGUGGACCGCGAUCGGCGGCAUCAUCUGCAGCUUGAUGAUGCAGCAGCUGAACAAGAAAUACCCUGAUGACUUCCGGUUGCCCAUGCGCAUACUGUGGGCCCCCAUAGGCCUCAUGCUCAUCUGUUGGGCCGUCGUACCCGAGUCGCCGUGGUACUACGCGCGGCGCGGCAACGAGGCUGGGGCCCGCAAGGCGAUGCGCCGCCUCUACGGUAACAUCUCAUGGUACAACUACGACGAAGAGUACGGAAUCAUUCUGCGCACACUCGAGCACGAGAAGGCCACGCUCGCCGAGAACAAGCCGCGCUUCCGCGACGUCUUCAAGGGCAUCAACCGCCGCCGCACGCUCACCGUCAUGAUCGUGGCGGUGUGCCAGCAGUUCGCCGGCCUCGCCAUCAUCAGCACGUACAAUACAUACUUCUUCUCGCUUGUCGGCAUGGAGGACCCAUUCCUUGGCACGCUUAUCCUGUCGUGCGUUGCACUUCUCGCCAUCACGCUGUGGGCGCUCAGCGCCGACCGCCUCGGCCGCCGCAUGAUCGUCAAUGUGUGUGAGACAUGCGUCGUCGUCAUUUGCUUUACCGUCGGCGCUCUUUACUGGACAGGCGCGUCCACCGGCAACAAGGCGGCGGGCACUGCCCUCCUUGUGAUCUGCUGCAUUUGGCAGUUCACUUACCAGUCCGUCGGCAUGUGCUACUACCUUUACUCUGCAGAACUUCCAUCUGCUUUGCUCCGGAUCAAAACUGGCCCGGUCACAUUCUUCACUAACUCGGUCACCGGCAUCGCCACGGUCUAUGCCACUCCACCAAUGUUGCUAGCCCUCAAUCUCCGUGCGGCAUUUGUCUACGGCGCCCUCUCCGUGCCCAUGUGCAUCCUCAUGUGGCUGUACCUCCCCGAGACGAAGGGGCGGUCAGCGUCGGAGAUCGACGAGCUCUUCGAGAAAAAGGUGCCCGCGUGGAAGUGGCACAAGACUGUCACCGAGGUCGAGAUGCAGCUCGAUGCGGUGCAGCGCGCGCGUGGUGCGCGCCCGGCCGCAGCGUGAUUGUCUGUGCGGUGGGAGUGGCAGGGAUCGGCAUGCAGUUCGAAGGACAGAUCAGAAGUUGUCGGGCACAGUAGUAUUGCGCAGUUUGUUGAC